CAAGGCCAAGUUGCAGCAAGUUGGAAGUGUUUUCGAUCUCGCCGGCGAUUCGCGCUGCUCUCUCCGAAAAUCGACUGUCCUGGCCCGUGCCUGCCGCUAACUGGAGGCUGUCGGUCAACACCUCUCUCCCAAGACUUCUUCACCGCACCCAGAGGCGCUUCAGCUUGUACUCAACUCCACAUACCACAAACACUGUCCACCCUUGCCACUGCCUGCUUCCUCACGCAUUACCGCUGUGAGGUCCAUCAGAGCACGCCCGCACCCAUUUUCGACGUCACCACACCACAAACACCGCCGCCAUGGAGGAGGAGGUCGCUGCCCUCGUCAUUGACAAUGGCUCUGGUAUGUGCAAGGCCGGUUUCGCCGGUGACGAUGCGCCACGAGCUGUCUUCCCAUCCAUCGUCGGACGACCGCGCCACCAUGGUAUCAUGAUUGGUAUGGGUCAGAAGGACUCAUAUGUCGGUGAUGAGGCACAGAGCAAGCGUGGUAUCCUGACGCUGAGAUACCCCAUCGAGCACGGUGUUGUCACCAACUGGGACGACAUGGAGAAGAUCUGGCACCACACCUUCUACAACGAGCUCCGUGUCGCACCAGAGGAGCACCCUGUCCUGCUCACCGAGGCUCCAAUCAACCCAAAGUCCAACCGUGAGAAGAUGACACAGAUUGUCUUCGAGACGUUCAACGCACCAGCCUUCUACGUCUCCAUCCAGGCCGUCCUUUCCCUGUACGCUUCCGGUCGUACCACCGGUAUCGUGCUCGACUCCGGUGACGGAGUUACCCACGUUGUCCCAAUCUACGAGGGUUUCGCUCUCCCACACGCCAUCUCCCGUGUCGACAUGGCUGGUCGUGAUUUGACCGACUACCUCAUGAAGAUCUUGGCUGAGCGCGGAUACGUUUUCUCCACCACCGCCGAGCGUGAAAUCGUUCGUGACAUCAAGGAGAAGCUCUGCUACGUCGCCCUCGACUUCGAGCAGGAAAUUCAAACCGCCAGCCAGAGCUCUUCGCUCGAGAAGUCCUACGAGCUUCCUGACGGACAGGUCAUCACCAUCGGCAACGAGCGUUUCCGUGCACCAGAGGCCCUCUUCCAGCCAUCCGUCCUCGGUCUCGAAUCUGGCGGUAUCCACGUCACCACCUUCAACUCCAUCAUGAAGUGUGAUGUCGAUGUCCGCAAGGAUCUCUACGGAAACAUCGUCAUGUCUGGUGGCACCACCAUGUACCCAGGUAUCUCCGACCGUAUGCAAAAGGAAAUCACCGCCUUGGCCCCAUCCAGCAUGAAGGUCAAGAUCAUCGCACCACCGGAGCGCAAGUACUCCGUGUGGAUCGGUGGUUCCAUUCUCGCCUCGCUCUCGACCUUCCAGCAGAUGUGGAUCUCAAAGCAAGAGUACGACGAGUCUGGACCUUCCAUUGUCCACCGCAAGUGCUUCUAAGCGCGUCUUGCAUGGGAUAUUGGAGAUCAUUGUGCGCAUGGUACUGGCAGUGUUAUGAGCGAGGGCAAGACAUGGCAGCAGGCAUCUGGCCUCACUUUGUAGCAUGUCAGAUGCUACGAAAAAGCAUGGCAAAGUGGAGUGUUUGCGCAGCGAAUGUGGCAGGACGAUAGUGAAGCUACUCGCCCGCGCAGGGCGUCGUCUUGUUGCUCGCCUGGAUUGAGCAUUUGCUACUAGACUACUGCUUUGUUAUGCCUGAUGUACGGCCUAUGAUGGCGAGAUGACAAAAGAAAUGUACUCCUUUCCUUUUGUAUGUGUAUUGCACGAAGCUUCAACAUUCGUUAUCGCUCCCAAAAAUGUCUGUGCUUCCGCGCAC